CGCACUCCUCUCCAUUCCGCCUCCACCCCCGAACUCCAAACCCUAGUAGCGCCGCCGCCGCCAGGUAAGAGGCGAGAUGGUGUCCGGCUCCGGCGUGUGCGCCAAGCGCGUGGUGGUGGACGCCCGCCACCACAUGCUCGGCCGCCUGGCGUCGAUCGUCGCCAAGGAGCUGCUAAACGGGCAGCGUGUGGUGGUGGUCCGCUGCGAGGAGAUCUGCAUGUCCGGCGGCCUCGUCCGCCAGAAGAUGAAGUACCUCCGCUUCCUCCGCAAGAGGAUGAACACCAAGCCCUCCCACGGCCCCAUCCACUUCCGCGCCCCCGCCAAGAUCCUCUGGCGCACCAUCCGCGGUAUGAUUCCGCACAAGACCGCGAGGGGCGAGGCCGCGCUCGCCAGGCUCAAGGCGUACGAGGGCGUGCCGCCGCCGUACGACAGGACCAAGCGCAUGGUCAUCCCCGACGCGCUCAAGGUUCUGAGGCUGCAGCCUGGGCACAGGUACUGCCUCCUCGGCCAGCUCUCCAAGGAGGUCGGAUGGAACUACGCCGACACCAUCAGGGAGCUGGAGGAAAAGAGGAAGGAGAAGGCCAAGGUCUCCUACGACAGGAGAAAGCAACUGGCCAAGCUCCGCGUCAAGGCCGAGAAGGCAGCCGAGGAGAAGUUGGGAACUCAGCUGGAGAUCCUGGCUCCGAUCAAAUACUAAGAGAUAUCAGAGCUUUCGUGCGCCAUCAGUUUUGGGAAACCUCUGUCGUAUUUUAAGUAGUUUGGUAACUCUGAUAGUACAAUCUGGUUGGUAAACCUUUGUUAUGCAUGCAGUUCUGCUACCCUCAUUUGAAAUUUUCUACCUGGUGAACUGUUCCGUUUAUCAAAUGUGUGCAUUUGGAGAUUCUAGUGAAUGUCUAUCAGGUGAUUAUAUGUUGCUGAA